AUGGGGAGAGGGGAGAAGAGGAGGGAAUUCCACGGAGGGACCCGUUGGGUAUCCCGCGUCUCCAGUUUAACCUCCUCGGCUCCUCCUCACUUUGAUAUUUAUUUUUGUUUUUUUCUUGUCUCUCGGUUUUUUUCGGUGGAGACGAGGUCAACAGAAGACAAGCUCAGGGCGAGUCUGGAAUUUUCGAGAAGAACGACGAAUUUUCACACUAGUAGUCAUAUUAUGUGA